CGGAAGAGCCUCUCGGCUCUACCCUCCGGAAUCCCGGGACCAGUGAGGGGCCACCCGGGGUACCGGAAAGGGCCGCCGGGGCGGGUUGGCCGCCCUCGGGGUGUCGGGGCUGCGGGUCUGAGGGAUGAGGAGAGGCCAUGGCCAGCGACGGGGCCAGGAAGCAGUUCUGGAAGCGAAGCAACAGCAAGGUCCCGGGCAGCAUCCAGCAUGUGUAUGGCGCCCAGCACCCCCCAUUUGAUCCACUGUUACAUGGCACCUUGCUCAAGGCCACACCCAAGGUGCCGACCACGCCGGUGAAGGCCAAGCGAGUCAGCACCUUCCAGGAGUUUGAGAGCAACACCAGCGACGCCUGGGAUGCCGGCGAGGAUGACGACGAGCUCCUGGCCAUGGCGGCCGAGAGCCUGAACACCGCGGUCGUCAUGGAGACGGCCAACCGCGUCCUGCGCAACCACAGCCAGCGGCAGGGCUGCCACAAGCCGCCGGGGGCUCUGGGGCCCGAGCAGAAGCCAAAGCCUUCGGUGGAGCCUCCUUCGGUCCCGAGUGGUGACCUCCGGCUGGUGAAGUCUGUCAGCGAGAGCCGCGCGUCCUGUCCCGCAGGAAGCGCCAGUGACGCCGGCCCUCUGCAGAGGUCCCAGUCUCUCCCACACUCGGCGACCGUGGCACUGGGCGGGGUGCCGGAGUCCAGUACCCUCAGCAGCUCAGCCUUAAGUGAAAGAGAGGCCUCCCGGCUGGACAAGUUCAAACAGCUCCUUGCUGGUCCCAACACAGAUCUCGAAGAAUUGCGGAAGUUGAGCUGGUCCGGGAUCCCGAAGCCCGUCCGUGCCAUCACGUGGAAGCUGCUCUCGGGUUACCUUCCUGCCAACGUAGACCGAAGACCAGCCACUCUCCAAAGAAAACAGAAAGAAUAUUUUGCUUUCAUUGAUCACUAUUACGAUUCUAGGACGGAUGAAGUUCACCAGGAUACAUACAGACAGAUCCACAUAGACAUCCCUCGAAUGAGUCCUGAAGCAUUAAUACUGCAACCCAAAGUGACAGAGAUUUUUGAAAGGAUAUUGUUUAUAUGGGCCAUACGUCACCCUGCCAGUGGAUAUGUUCAGGGGAUAAAUGACCUUGUCACUCCUUUCUUUGUAGUCUUCAUUUGCGAAUACAUAGAUGACGAGGACGUGGACACCGCUGACGUCUCCUGCGUGCCUGCGGACGCGCUGCGCAACGUGGAGGCCGACACGUACUGGUGCAUGAGCCGGCUGCUGGACGGCAUCCAGGACAACUACACGUUUGCUCAACCUGGGAUUCAAAUGAAAGUGAAAAUCUUGGAAGAACUCGUGAGCCGGAUCGAUGGGCAAGUCCACCGGCACCUGGACCAACACGAGGUGAGGUACCUGCAGUUCGCCUUCCGCUGGAUGAACAACCUGCUGAUGCGCGAGGUGCCCCUGCGCUGCACCAUCCGCCUGUGGGACACAUACCAGUCGGAACCCGAGGGCUUCGCGCAUUUCCACUUGUACGUGUGUGCUGCUUUUCUCGUGAGAUGGAGGAAAGAAAUACUGGAAGAAAGAGAUUUUCAAGAGCUGCUACUCUUCCUCCAGAACCUGCCCACAGCCCACUGGGGCGACGGGGACGUCAGCCUGCUGCUGGCCGAGGCCUACCGCCUCAAGUUUGUCUUCGCGGACGCCCCCAGUCACUACAAGAAAUGAGCCGGGCCCGCCGCCGUGGCCUCGCCCGCCCCGGGCAGCACACCCCGCUGCCGGCUGGCUGAAGGCCACGGCCAAGGAGAGGCCUUGCUGGAGCGGCUGGCCGGGACGUGGUCCAGGGCCUGGCGAGGGCUGGCGGCCUCUGUUUUCUGAGACACCAAAGAGAGCCAGGGAGGGUCCCCGGCCACGCGGGGCCAGAGAGGGGCCGGGCGUCCCCCUCUCCCGACCCUGGAGCAUCCUUGCCAAGCGCCCACCUCGUGGAGCCCCCAGCCGGGGCGGCCUGAGAGGCAGACCGUCUCCGAGUGGCCUGCUGUCCGGGUGCCGGGGGCAGAGGGAGGUGGCCGCCAUCUCCUUACCUACUUGGAAAUGUAAACGUUCUAUUCUGUUGCGCGGAAGAGAAUAAAACGUAGACAAAGUCAUAAGUGAAACGUUGCACUGACCUAUGAAGUCUCUGUGCUCUCCCAGGCCUCUGACAGCCAGCCGGAUUUCUGUAACUUCGUCACGUUAACGUUGCCGCGUACUUGCUCCCUUGGCUUAAACGUGGCUGGAAGGCAGGCGGCGAGCCCGGGGAGGCUCCGGCUGCGGCAGCUGGGAGCAGAGCGCGGCCUCGAGAAAUGGCCUUAUUUUCCAUCUGUGACCUCUGGAAACAGAGAACCGCCCCGGCUGGUCUGUCAAGGAGCCUGCGCGGGCGGGAGCCCUUGCGCCGGGUGGUGCGGGGCGUCGGGCGGACGCUCAGGCUCCAGCCACAGCCUCGCUCGCCUGGGCCACCUGGAUAGGUGGGUCCGGACGCUCCUGCACCUGCACCCACACCGCGGGGGCCGAGUGGCCCGGGCCCCUCCGCUCGCUGCGUCUCCGGGUGUGUUGUGGACCUGAUCGCUGCUGCUGUGUGUUGGUCACUGGGGCCGUGAGCCCAGCUGCAGAAGGUGGCAGACCCGCCCUGCCCUGGGCUCUGCUGGGGCCCGUCCUGCUUCCCCCACAUUGCCUGCCCCGGCCAGAGAGCACCUGUCACGGGCAUGUCGCCCGUGGUGACGUGGAUACCCCCGUGGAGCUCUAGGCCAGAGCCACAGCCACACAGGAGACAGGCUCCUGACCUCUGCCCCAGGCUUUCAUCCAUGCGCAGGCAUCUCUUCCCACCACCUGCCAGCCCUCCCGGGGCAGCCCCGCCACCACCCGUCUCUGCACAGCUCAGGUGCCAGGCGGCUGCCCGGAGGCUGUGCAGCCGAGGAUCAGACACAGAUGCACGUGUGUGGUGUGUGCGUUCCUUAUUUUCGGCUCGUUACGUGUGCGUGGAAAUCAGCACGAAAUACUGUGCAAAUGUCAGAAGCCCCCAAAUCAGCGGAGGGCCCUGCUUGCCACAGAGCAGAUGGAGAGCACCCCGACUGGCCGGUCCCUGCCCCCCACCCUGGCAUCAGGGGUUCCUCCCCGCGCAAGGCCCCCGGCCCGCUGCUGCUUUCCUGCCGGGCGUCCAGUUCCACGAAGGCCCGUCCUGCUUAGACCCCGGGCACUGCCCACCGUGGCUCGGGUAGUCUGUGCAGCCCAAAUGUUGGGGACACAGAAGAUGUCCCCUGGAGGCAAUUGUUUUUUCAAAUAGGAAGCAUCUACGAAGUUCAAUGAGGCCCUGAGCGUGUUUCCAUGUGUAUGUGAACCUGGAACUGAAUGCAGGGUGGGGGUGUUGACGGGGUCCUUGGAGCCUGAGCCAAUCAGUCUGAAGUGAUUAGAGGCUGUUCUGUCUGGAAUACAAUGUGUGAAACACGGAAUAAAGAUGCAAUGAAAAUCCA